GCCAAUAAAAAUAUAUUCAAUGCCAAAACCAAUUUAUAUGGGUCAGAAGUCGCAGUGCAAAUGAUUAAUAACAAGUUGACUGAUUUUCAAUAUAAAACGUCUUUGUUGAAAAGAAAUAAUGAGGAAGCAAAUACUGUGAACAGCAUAGUCAAAAAGAUUCCAGAACUUUUAACAAAAGACAGCCUAGAUACUAAAGAUUUUGAUUUAAAAAAAGAUGAUAAAGAGAAUCGUAGCAAUGGUCAUAAAAUAGAUAUUGUUUGGACUACUAAGCCCUUAAAAAUUGAAUUUGCCAUUGCAGAGAUAAGUGGACCUCCAAAUGAACAUCAACAUUCCCAUUACUUUAAUGACAAAAUCAAGAUAGCUAAAAUGUUAAAG